AUGUUACACAGGAUGGGGCCGCCGCAUGUUUUCAUCACAAGCUUAGAUCUUUUCGCAGAGGAAGAAAGCGUUGUCACAAUGCUAUAUUCAUCUUGCAGCAGCACCUCUGCAGCUUAAGGGUAGUUGCCUCUAAUCACUGUCUCUAUACAAUAGGGAUCUACGCUCUCUCUCUCUCUCUGUCUCUCUCUCGAUCGUAUCCGGUGUAUAUUUUUGAGGGAUCCCCACAGCAGGGUGGAUGAAAUCAAGGCAGCUCUAAUCUAUGUUAACACCUUCUGGGUCUCCUGCAGGUUUGGCGGAUCAACAACCCGAUCACGAACUGCAGCGCUCACCUACAGACUCAACCACCUCGUCAAGACUGGAUGGGCGCAACGUGAAAUACAUGCUCAAAUUGCCUCUGGUGGAGUUCGCUAACGGGAGACAAAGUCGAGCGUCGUCUUCUGAUUAUGGCUCUUUUUCUUAUUUUUUGGUACCACAACCACGUCAACAAGGUCAAGGGCCUGCGCGCCGUCAAAGUCAAAUGUAGUAAUUCAUCUAAUGUGCUGUCGUACCUGCGGACUGCUUAGAAACUAUGCUACAUCGUCCACGUUCACCUCCAGAACAUGAUCGAUCUUGUGAUUUAUACUUCAGAAUAUCUUGUUCACUUCUGACUAGGGCCACAAUCUCUAAGUCUAAGCACGCCCUCUAAUCUCAAUCCUCUUGUUCUGGUGCGUCUUCGUCCUCUUCGCAGAAAGACGAGGGUGAGCGACCCUCACAACGACCAACAAACACAGGCUUUACUGGAACCGGCGAUCUCACGGCAGCGCUGCUACUUUUAAGACUUUUGAUUAUAGCAGGUAUUAAGGCUCAGCUUUCAGUGGUCAUUGGGGUUGGUCACUGAGAUCGAAGAGGCGACCCCUUGAGACAACAGGGGAAAACGAAGGGAAAGAAGGGGGUCUCUUCCGUUCAGCAUCAGUGACCAUUGAAUGCUGAGCUUUAAAGGUAGCAGGAUACUUUAGGAUACUUGUUGAUAGUUGCCCUUUUCUCUUUUAUAUCUUCCUCUGGUCUGUCUUUUUUCUAGUUAGGUCGGCUCAACCACAAUUAUAGUGCUAGUGCUAGUGGUUCUUGUUCUAACCUACUUCUAACCUAAGCUGUAGGAAGUGGUCGAUUUCUUUGAAGUUGAUAGGUGGAUAAGUAGCAAUGUUCAUGUUAGUCCAAAAGAAGUUCAUCUUAUACAUAAGUAGGCAUUGCUUUAGGAUGAGAGAAAAAAGAAAGGUAGCUGUUCAAUUUAGCCUCGAGAUACUAAAAAUCAUAACUUAUAGAUACUAACUAAUGCGUACACCUACCAACAUCUAGAUCUUUCCAUCAUUCUCCUUAUGGGCAUUGCCAACUUCUUUUUUCACUCGAAUUCACGAUACUUGUCACACACAGACAUCAGUCCUCUCUGUCUCCUCGUCCAUCUCCUCUUCUAACUCUCGCAAGGACAUUUGAGCAUUGCUGCGACCUACCUCGUGCUCUUGAGCUUGUGGGUGCAUCACUGCAAGCAGUACUCAACGAGACGGCUUUGAGUGGGAAAAGUAGAUCCUACAUAGUCAACGCAGCACCUCAAGGUGGAACGAGGACGAAUGCAACAGAUAGUACCGCUUUUAAGAUUGAGAUUCUGGUGUAGGUACCAGUUUACAGCCUUGAGUGUCUUACGAUGGAUACUAGUGUCUGAUUCUUACUGGAUAACGACGAAGUCGAAGAUUGUCAUCCUUUCCAUCACCGAAGACAUCUUCAGACUCAGAACUCUACAAAUUUGGAGGACCCAGUACUAGCUACUUUUACUUCUUCAUCUAGCUACGCAAUUCCCAGUCUAAUAUUACCGCCAAUGGCAACCACCCUACCGCACCGGAUUCGCCUCUCCCAAAGAUCAAGACCAAAAAAGAGGUAAAAGUCGUGCCACCUGAGAUUCGCCUGGUUCAGUCGAAAGCAUCUCUAGAACGCCCAAACGUUUUAUAUUCCAGCCAAAUGCUCGAAUAUCUUGCGGAUGAAGCUAGAACUGUGCCAUCGCUCAAUUUGAAGUUAAGCACGAUCAUUUCCUGAAGGAUAAACGCAUCAAUAGAAACAUGCUAUGUGUGGAACUCAGAUACAAGCUUGUUCGUUUCUAGUGAAGGAUAAACAUACUAUGUACCUUCGUUCAAGGAUAUUAAUUAAUUUGAAGGCGGAUCGUAAGGAUGGGCAUCAUGUGCUGAAGGUAUUCUUUUUAAAGUUUAAGUGGCAACAUGGCUUUGGCUAGUCGUUCUGGUUUCGACAACGUAGAAGAACAAGAUGAUUACGAUGAAUUAUUCAUCGAUAUAAAGGAGUACUAAUCCUGCAGCUGCUGCUGAUCUGUUUGUACUCUUGUCUAACAAAAGCCGUGGUGUUCGAUAUGGAUGGGACUCUUACCUUGCCACACCAGAUUGAUUUCGCAGCCAUGCGAGCGGCUGUUGGGGCGCCGAAGGGCAAGGACAUCGUAUCCUGGAUAAACGCUAUCGAAAGUGAGGAAGAACGAAAAGCUGCGCACGAAAAAAUUCGGAAACUUGAGAUGUUAUGGAAAAGGAGGUUGGAGAGGGAUGGUUAGAGAUAGACGUUGACCUAAUUGGGAGCGAUGGACUUACUUAUCAGUAACGCGAUCAACAUAGGCGUAGGCGACAGCGACGGACUUACUUAUCAGUAACGCUAUCAAUCAGUAUUGGAAUUGGUAGUCACUAGUGAGUGGUACAACUCAACACAGUUACAGUCACACUUUUGCCGGCUACGGCUUCCAAUUGAUUCAGCUAACAAACACAAAGUACUUUCUGAGUUCUUGUUCUUUCUCAUUUUGAUGGGCUUUUGGAACCUCCUCCUCUAACCAUCGAAGCAGACUACAACUUGCAGCCGGAUGCCAUCGAUGUCUUAUCUUACUUGAAGCGACGCGGAUACAAACUCGGGUUAGUCACACGAAACUUUCCUGGUGGUGUGGGUCGUUUUUUAGACACGGUGAAAAAAGAGAUCAAUGACAUAUCAACGCUUUUUGACGGUAUUCGGACGCGAGAGGAUGUAAACAUCGCGCCGAAACCCAGUGGAGACGCCAUAAUAGACCUCUGCAAGACCGUCUUUCAUUAAGGCAACGAAGGAAAAUUAGUAUGUAAGGAGUAGAAGUUAGCAUAUCUCUCUUUCUCAGGAUGAGGUGGAGCUGCGUCAUCCUACUCGCCUACUGCUAUUUCUCUAUAAUAAGUAAGGAGCAGGAUCAUCCACCUUGCUCUUGCUGGUGUUUUUUUCCCAAGAGGAAAAGAAAUAGAAGCGGGAAAUUGAAAAGGCACCAACUACAAGGAAGAAAAUGCUGUUCUUCCUGCCAAAAAUGAAGUAGAAGUAGAUUACCAUACCAUAAUUUAUUGGUUUUGGACUUCUACUUUGUAGGACAUCAACCACUUCCUCCAGCUCUAACUUCCUUGCGAUCCUCGUGAUGUUUUGAUGAUAGGAGACCAUUUGGACGAUAUCUUAUGUGGCCAGAACGCAGGUGCUUAUUCCUGUGAACUUUUCGAACAGAGACCCCACUUUCAAGCGAAGCCUGAUAUUAGAUUGUCAAGUCUUUCGGGGUUGAAGAGGUUUCUUUGAUGAAGAAGCCGAACGCGUGCUCCUAUUGUACCUUAGUACUCGAACAAGCUGGUGCGCAGAUGAAGUGGAGCUGCUGUGUGUAAAAUAAUAUGAGAAAGAAUAAAUAUAUUGUGAUUAACAAUUUCUCCAUUGGCCUCCAUCCCUUCUGAGUGAUGAAUAUACCUUCGGCAUCGCGCCACUGUCUUGCUGGGCCCGCAGCUACAAUUUUUUUAAGCGCUAUGUGUAUUCAUGAUGACAAGCAGACCAACUGCAGCAACAUGUUGAUACAUAGUUUUCUUCCUCUAUCAACUUCAUCCUUAUGUUUAUGUAUCUUCUGACUGAUACUGAUUCCUUUCUUUUUAUCAACUUUCUGAUUCUCGUCCUCGAAGUCGAAGAACAACUUCACUCUUCAUCCACCGACUACUGUGUGUUGAUUGUGUUGCUUCUGCACAGUAUAGAAACCAAAACCGCCAUCGCCUUCUUGGUCUACACCACUACUACAGUAUGACACUACAGAUCGUGACUUCUUUUUGUCCCGCCGAUCUUACUGAAGAUACUGGUAUGGUAAGUCCUCUACUGAUUUUCAACUAGUCCUCGCUCCUGGCGAUGCGACCCGUCUGCGGAAACGACAAAAAGAAGUCUAGACUCUGCGUCUCCGGUUUUUUUCAGCUCCUUUAUUGUUUUUAACGAGAACUACACACAUCCAGGACCACGGCCAGUUUAUAGUUUCUCGGAUCCUUGAAGAACUACUUCUAAAAGCACGAGA